ACGUUUUUUUCACCGCCGCGUUUCGAUAAUCCCCUUUGACAAAAUGUUGUGCGGGCAGUGCUCGGAGGAGAACGCCGAUAUAGCGGUGGAUUUGUUGUCUAAAAUUGGUGCACUGAAUGGCGUUUGUAAAUACUCAUAUGAGGUUACUCCCACGAACCAGAAAGCUCUAACUUACGACGAACAAUCUUGGAAACCAGCACCCGAAGAAACGCCGCCUGAAAAAGAGAAAGAUGGAUCGAACCACUCGAGUUGCUCGCAGAUUUCGAAAAAGAAAAAAGUAAAGAAUUACUUUAAAAAAUGUAAAAAUGCCUUAUCUAACAAACCGACAAGCAUCGACUUACCAUCGAGUACCGAAACAAGUUCAGAAAACGCUUGGUAUGUAGAUCCAAAGCUAGACAAACCCCUUCAGACCAGCGAAGUGAAUGUAAUCGAAGAUAUUUUCGAGGACGCUCUGGUCGUACCGCUCGACGGUAAAGUUACCUUAGAGAUCGCAAACAUAAUUGAAGUGAAAAGUGCUGGAGUGUUUACAGAAGACGCCGCACCAAAAAAUGACAUAGCUGCGGGUGAAGCUGAUAAAAGUGAUGGACGCGGAGAAGAAGUCGGAUCAGAAAGACCAUCCUCUCCUUCCUUGAAUGAUGUUCAAGAACAGGUUGAGGAUAAAAAGAGCAAAGCUUUUUUAGAUGAUGGUUCAAGUAUUGACGCGGGCAUUGGCAAACCGGAUGCUGAGAUAUUGGUCAAAAGUGAUGUGGAGCUGCUGGUCGAUAAGUAUUUCGGAAAAAUAUACGAGAACUACGAUUCGUCAAAAAAGUGCUUAGUUCGACAAGCUCGAGACAUUCUAGUGUGUGAAUACCACGGUUGCCUUAACAAGUUCGAACACGAAUUCUGCGUACAGGCUGCCAAGUUACUGCAGUAUAUUAAGGAUGAACAUUCUGUUGAUACCUCUACUCCUUCGGGAUGGCCCUUGUGUCUCGGCCGGUCCGGAGUAGUCGUCCAUCUUGCACCCCCUGAUCCUUCCGUUCUACGUAAUCGCGACUGUUACGUUUGCGUACGAACUCGCAGCCAACCUGGCUUUGAGGUAGCUGUAAUCUGGAAGCUACGUAACCAGAUCAGCUGGCACACUUUGGCACAAUUUUCAAACCCAUUGUACUCCAUCGAUGAUAUAAUGUGCUCGAGUAUACGCACCGUGGCUGACCUCGAGGUCAGCUACGUGGAUGAGUGCGAGAGCGCUGCUCUUCCCGAGUUGCUGCAGAACCUAUUGGUAUCAGUGGAACAUGCCAUCAAACGUGUUCCUUUGGACGAUCUGACGUUUCCUUGCCCCCAAUGUCAUCAGUAUUUGCCUCUAGAACGACAGGAUGACGAACUGGUCAGUUGCGCGUGUCAAUGCUUGUGCAGGCUUCCGGAAAACACAGUCUCCAAAAAGGAUAGUUCCAUACAAACCAGUCCCAUGUUUGAAUUUGUUGGUUCGAUCCCUCAUAUCGAUAGUGAUGAAGACGACGAGAAAGAGUCUAUUCGGUCCGGAUCGAUGAACAAAAAAAUGGAAAUCGCAAAGCCUAGGUGUAUCUCGGAAUUGCCCGAUAAGCUGCUGAUGUCAGGCAUAAAUUUGCCAGGUACCGAAGACAAUGAUGGACGACCGAUAAUACUUUGUUACGCCGAGUGCAUAUCGAGGGCUGCUCUAAACAAGUAUGAAAUCGCGAAACUGCUUCUUUACUAUUCGUCAAUACCAACGUGCGAAAGUCGUAGCAAUGGUUUUACGAUUCUACUUCUGGCGGAAAACGAAACCGACUACAAGGUUUUAGAAGUUUUGGAGAAAUCUGUUUGCCUGAUUUCUAGUAGCCUCAAAGUAGCGAGAUUUUUAAUUUGGACACCGGGUUUAAAGACUGACAAGGAAAGCAGGACGUUAGCUAGUCAAGCGGAGGCCAUUUUUGUAGCGGAUGAAUCGGUGAUAGAUCGAUACCUCAGGAAAGACCAAGCGCCGGCCAGUUGUGGAGGAUCUUGCACCCACGACCAGUUGGAAUGGGUGGAAUUUUUUAAGCAGCUGGAACCGUUUCUGGCCUCUUGCCAGACGGCGGGAAAGUCCCUACUAGCGACUCUUUCCCAUUUGAGAAACGAAGAGAUACCCCAUCAGAUUACCAGAAGGUUUUUGAAUCACCAAUGCAGGCAAAUUUCAAAAGCUUUGGAUUCUGAAACCGUCCAGAAGUUGCGAAGAGAGGGAAAGAAGACUUUGACUAGUUUAGCGGAACGUAGCCAAUGGCUAUCGGGAAGCCAGGACGUAAAAAGGAGCACGACGUACGCCUAUGAUUCGUUCAACGCGGUGGAGAGAGUCACGCAGCGAUUGGAGCAACUCAAAUUGGAGAGAAUGGAGAGACUGAAAGAGUUGGCUAGGUUCAGAACACUACAGGAGGAAGCGGACGAGCUUCUUUCUUGGACCAGGAAGGUCGGUGAAGAAACUCUAAAUAGUCUGACGUUGUUUCUUCGCGCCUCCGGAGAUUCCGCGAGUGUUAAAGGGGUCGCGAACAGCUUCGACGAGUUCUUUUUUAAUGCCUGGAAACAAAUCGAAAAGGCCAACGAUUUGGUAGAAGAGUGUAAAAACAUAAAAGAAACUAAGGGUCAGCACCUGAAGGAGUUCACGUCCAAUCUGAGCGUUCAAAUGAAAGCGUUCAAGGAAAGUUUAGAGGACACGCGCGAACAUAUCGAAGACAGUUCCAGAUGCUUCUUGCUGUUGGAAUCUUGCCACGAUAUUCUGGAGGACGAUAACAAGGAGCGAGAAGAAUUUUGUAAACUUGCUCUGAAGUCGGGAAACGAUAAGUUAGUACAACUCGCCAAGAACAUCGACAAUUCUAAAGAGGUGAAGAAUCAGAACAGGCCUCCUGAUCUUAUAGCGGAUCGAGAUAAAAGUCCUCCUUACACCGCCUAUGAAGUUAAUGCCUGCAGCACGCCUCAGAAAUCACAAAAUACUCAAAUUAGAAGGAGGUCGGUUAGUUCGCUGGCAUUCAUCUAUCACUGCAAUCAUCAUGCGGCUGGUGAAAUGUGUAACUGCUACGAAUCCGAUACGGAAAAUACCGUGUCUUAUAAACUGAAAAAGAAGUAUAUGCAAACAUUACAAAACUGCGCCUGUCAGGCCAACGGCAAGGAAACUUUAGAGAAGAAAAAUAGUGGAGCUUUGGGAGGUAUUAAAGAAGAGCGAGAAAGCGUGGAAAAUCUUCUCGAGAAGAUGAACAGUUUGGAUAACUGUCGUCGUUGUGAUAGUGGACUUUCCACUGCCGACAACUCGGUCGGUGAAGAAAGUUCGAAUUCCUUUAAUUUUAAUGGCAAAAAGAAGCUACAAAGAACGUGUUCAUGUCAGUAUUACAGGGAGGGCUGCGCUAUUUGCUGCGGGGGCAGUUCGAGUACGGGAUCCAACCAGGAUAAUACGGACAACCAGCAGGACAGUAUUAUAGAGGAAUGCAGUGACGGGUUCAACAAAAGUAAUAGUAGCGAUGACAUUGAAGAGGACCAUUACGGAGACGAAACACGCAAAGUACCGCCAGUGUCCGCCAAUAGUCAUUUAUAUUGUCACGCUUCUACGCUAGAUUUGCCUUCAGAUGCCUUAUAUAACAAUAUGGAUCCUAAAACUCAAAAAACUUUAAAGUACAUAAUCAAAGAGAUGAUCGAAACCGAACGCGAUUAUGUGAAGUCCUUGGACUACGUUAUAGUUAACUACAUCCCGGAGCUUCAACGCGAAGAUAUUCCACAAGCACUCAGGGGCCAACGGAACACAGUAUUCGGAAAUGUGGAAAAAAUAUUCGAGUUCCACAGGCAUCAUUUCCUCAAUGAGUUAGAGGAGUGCGAAAACAAUCCGCUUCAAGUGGGUCAGAUAUUCCUUAAAUAUGACAAGCGGUUCUAUCUCUACGCCCUCUACAACAAGAACAAACCCAAGUCUGAUUCCCUUAUGUCAGAGUAUGGCUCGACAUUCUUUAAGAGUAAACAGCUUGAACUGGAGGACAAAAUGGAUCUGGCCAGCUACUUGCUCAAACCGGUGCAAAGGAUGGGCAAGUAUGCAUUGCUUCUGCAGCAGAUGAUGAAAGCUUGUCCGAACUCGUUGAUAAGCUCAUCUGAGAGAGUGGUUCAGGAAUUGGAAGAUCUCAGGCAGGCAGAAGAGAUGGUCAGAUUUCAGCUGAGACACGGAAAUGAUCUUCUAGCUAUGGAUUCCAUUAGGGAAUGUGAUGUAAAUCUCAAGGAGCAAGGUAGACUUCUAAGGCAGAACGAAUUCUUGGUGUGGGAGGGCAGAAGUGGUAAAAAAUCGCUGAGGCAAGUGUUUCUGUUUGAAGAACUCAUACUGUUCAGCAAAGCACGCCGAUUUCCAGACAGAAAGAAUCUCGACCUGUACAUAUACAAGAACAGUAUAAAAAUGACAGACAUAGGCCUGACGGCGAGAAUAGGAGACAGCGCCACGAAAUUUGAAAUUUGGUUUAGGAAACGAAAACCCAACGACACGUUUACUCUUCAGUCCAUGUCGGAGGACGUAAAAAAGGCGUGGACGGAGGAGUUAUCUCAGUUGCUAUGGAGGCAAGCGAUCAAAAACAGAGCCGUCCGGAUGGCUGAGAUGUCAUCGAUGGGUAUCGGAAAUAAACCAUGCUUGGAUAUCAGACCGAGUGCGGAUCAAAUAAGCGAUAGGUCUAUCAGUUUUGCGCAGCUUAGUAAAACGGCACCAAGAUUUCGCAACUCCAUAGCGGGUCCACUCAUGGAUUCGUGUCGAACCGUCAAACGACCUCACUCGGUUAUUUCAAUGUCCAGCGUCUCUACAAGUAGUACCAGUUCCGGAGGAUCCGGAAGUGUACCGGCUGGUCAGGCCAAUUCAAGUUUUGAGUCCUCAUUAGACAGCCCCAAACCAUAUUAUCGGUCAGCUACGCUUAAUAGUCAGUGUUCAGUAGAAAGCGGUAUUAUAGCAGACAUGUCUGUUGGAUCUGACGAGUUCUCCGAACAACACCAACAAUCAGAAAGUAGGAACAAUUAAUAAACCCGAUUGGCUGUUUUAAGUCAAACAUACACUAUGUGCCAGAUAUGUACCAGAUAGCUUUAAGUUUAUUUUUUGAAAACUUUUCUCUAACAAUUCCAAAAUUUCCGCUUUUAGUUCGGUACGUUUCAUUCGGAUUUUUUUUUACUGUAAAUAGCCCCACCCAAAAGAAUAUUAAUCUUUUAUAAUUUAUUUUUUAAUAAGUUGUUUUUAUUCAAAAUAGUAUACGUUUCAUUGUUUUACUUGUCUAUUUUUUUAAUAGUUGUGAAUAUUUUAUUUUUAGAGUUUCUAAGUUAGUCAGUUUCCUCGUACCUAAAACUUCUUGAAAGUGUUUGUAUUAUUCUUUAUUAACGUGCAUUUACUAUUCAAAGUUGACUUAUUACAGAGUGUCAGCCGAAAUGAGAUCUUGUGCCCGAAAUUGCGUGUCACAAUGUGAACUAUAAUAUCCUUCGUAAAUAUCUACCUCUUCUAGUGCGCGGUUCGAUAAUUUCUGAAAUUGGGGCGACCACAAUUUUCGAAAUGGCCUGCAUUUUGCUCAGUUGCGCUAACACCCUGUAUAAGAAACUUGUAACUUUAAUAUAAAGUAAUGGAGGGUAAAUAAUGUGUUCAUAAAUUCCCGAAUCGUGGUUAAUUUUGUAUACAGUAUAAUCACGAAUUGCUAAAAAGAUUGCUCCAUGUGUUACAAAAAUCACUUUUUAAACUGACCGUUUCUCCGUAAACAUUUUUUGUCUGCAAUAUUUAAUUUUCUCGAGUACUCAAACUAGCAGCCGCAUCCGAAAAUUGUUGCUUAUGGAAAUCUCCUCACUGCUACCAUAAUUUAAGAAAAUGUGUAACAGAGUGCAUAAAUAAUUUUUAUAUUACACUUUAGCCAUAUUAAAACUAUGUAUAAAAUGGGCAUUGUGU